AUGACUAGGGUAAUGGGCAGAUUGACUGGCGAUGUUAAUUCAGACCUCAACAAUGAUGCAACUUGCAAAAUAUUCUCUCAGGGCUUGCAGCGGUUGUCGUCUGAAGGUAUUCACCAUGUUGCUUAUUACAAGGAAGCAGAGCUUGAGCACCACCGGCAUCUUUCAAUGGCUUUGGCCUGGGAGGCAGAGAAACUCUCAAGGCUCAAACAUUUUAUCGAUUUUGAACAACAGGAGUGGGAGGAACAAACCACUCGGGCAUUUGAGGAGGCAGCGCUCUUUGCACAUAUGGUGACUGAUCGUGACGCAGAGUGUGCCUCUCAGGAUCUGGAGUCCAUCACUUCAAUCCAACAGGAAGAGGCGACAGGGGGUCAAGCAGUUGAAUGA